ACUUCAAAAUAUUCCAAGUAAAUAGCAGCUUUUGUGUUUCAUACAAUGGCAAAAAGUGCAUCACUUUUGUUCCUAAUUAUGAUGGUUUGUCUGUCGGAAGCAGUUCUUGAUAGCCAUUAUUACUCAAAAACAUGUCCCAAUGCAGAAAAUAUCAUUCUUCAAACCGUCUACAAUGCUUCCAUCCAUGACCCCAAAGUCCCUGCUCGUCUUCUUAGACUCUUCUUUCAUGACUGUUUCAUAAGGGGAUGUGAUGGUUCGGUGUUGAUAGACUCGACACCAGAGAACCAGGCGGAGAAAGAUGCACCUCCAAACAUCUCGCUAAGGUCAUUCUAUGUGAUAGAUGAGGCCAAAGCCAAGCUUGAAAGUGCAUGCCCACAUACUGUUUCUUGUGCUGAUAUUGUUGCUAUUGCUGCUAGAGAUGUAGUAACUUUGUCUGGAGGCCCAUAUUGGAGUGUACUCAAAGGAAGGAAAGAUGGGAAGAUUUCAAAGGCUUCUGAGACCAUCAACUUGCCAGCUCCAACUUUCAAUGUCUCCCAACUCAUUCAGAGCUUUGCAAACAGAGGAUUAGAUGUUAAGGACAUGGUUGCUCUAUCUGGGGCUCACACACUUGGAUUCUCACACUGUUCUUCCUUUCAAUCACGACUUCGAAACUUCAGCGCGACUCAUGAAAUUGAUCCUACUUUGGAAUCUGGGUUUGCUCAAAUUCUAAGAAACAAAUGUCCAAAACCAAACGUGGACAAAAAUGCUGGACAGUUCUUGGACCCAACUUCCUCAACUUUUGACAAUGUGUAUUACAAGAGACUGUUGGAAGGAAAGGGUGUGUUUGGUUCUGAUCAAGCUCUGUUUGUUGAUUCUAGAACUAGAGGGCUUGUUGGGUUGUUUGCUCAAGAUCAGAACUUGUUCUUUAAGGAGUUUGCAGCUUCAAUGGUGAGUUUGGGUAAUGUUGGGGUAAUUCAGAAUGGAAAUGUCAGAAUCGAUUGCCGGGUGCCAAACUAAGUGAGGGAGAGUCUUUUUUUUUUUUUUCCCUUUGUUUUUUCUCACAAAUGUGAUGUGAUGUUGAAUUAUUACUAUUUGGAAUAAAAGUGAGAAAGGUGUUUCUUUCAUUAA